AUGGCGGACCCUGAAAAGAACGAUCUAUGCAUGCCGACACCCCCGGCCAAGGCCAUUGUCGUAGAUCAUGACAAGGCCAUUGUUCCUGAUUCCGAACAGGGCAUUGGGGUAGAUAAUGACAUGGCCAUUGACCCAAAUUCUGAACAAAUCAUUAUCAUAGAUGAUGACCUGGCCAUUGAUCCAGAACCUGAAAAGGUCAUUGAUAACGACUCUCCCAACGAGGACUCAUCCAAUGGCAACGAGUCCCCCGGUGUGAUUGAUCUGGAGGCUCAGCCCACAGAGCCCCGACGAAAGCGGUUUGCGCACUUCAGAUAUGUCCUAUUCACCGUUUAUCGACGGCUCUUCACUGUCGUAUUUUGCGCAAAUCUCGCAGUUUUUCUCUACGUGAUGAUCUCCGAUCGGCAGCUUCUGGCACUCGUGAAUGCGACAGCCGUAAACUUGGUCGCAUGCGGUCUCGCUCGACACCCAAUGAUGGUCAAUGCUAUCUACAGAGUGAUAUGCUCGAUUCCUCGAACUGCGCCCCUGUCUCUGCGCCGAAGGUGCGCUAAGGCAGCCCACUACGGUGGUGUCCACAGUGGCUGUGGCACUGCAUCUUUGGUGUGGUAUAUUGGAUUCGUUGCCUUGUUGUCACAGAUGUAUUGGACAAAUUCUCCCAUCAGCACAGAGACAGAUGCCGAGUUCUCACCAGCGCCGAUCGCCGUCGCGUACAUCAUUCUUGUGCUGCUUUUCGUGAUGGUAGUCGUGGCAUACCCCACAUUCCGCAGGAGAAUGCAUGAUUACUUUGAGCUCACCCACCGAUUCACUUCAUGGCUGAUUCUGGCUCUUUUCGUGGCCCUAGUCAUGAUAUUCGCUCAUGAAUCAAGCCAGGCUGAGCAGGUAACCCUUGGUCACUUCCUCGUCACUCUACCUGCAUUUUGGCUGUUAAUCGCGGCUAUCGUCGCCGUGGCCCACCCAUGGCUACUAUUGCGGAGAGUUCCAGUAAGGGCCGAGCCACUGUCUUCACAUGCUGUACGACUAUCCUUCGAUUUCAAGCCAAUCGAGUUUGCGAAGGGUGUUCAAGUCUCAAAGCAUCCUCUACGCGACUGGCACAGUUUUGCCGGAUUUCCAGACCCCAUUCCAGAUGUUCAGAAGCCAGUUGCCAGACACGCACGUGGCAAGAAGCCAUUUGCGAAGGGCCACGGACACAAGAGGAGCUGGUCUAUCGUGGUAUCAAAAGCAGGGGACUGGACAGCCGAUACCAUCCGUGAACCGCCAACCCACCUCUGGAAGCGCGGGUCGCUGAUGCGCGGCGUCGGAUAUGGUCUACGUGUCUUCGACCGCAUUAUCAUAGUGACCACGGGCUCCGGUAUAGGACCCUGUCUCGGAUUCCUAGGCGACAAAAACCGGCCCUUGAUCAAGGUCAUUUGGCAGACACGUAACCCUUUGCAAACUUACGGCCAGGAUGUUAUUGAUCUCGUCCAUCAGAUGGGCCCAGAUCCGAUUAUCUUCGAUACCAGUCGUGACGGCCGUGUCGACAUGCUUCCUGUCGUGCGUCAGCAACUGAAGGAAUUCGAAGCGGAGGCAGUGUUUGUGAUCAGCAACCCCAAGAUGACUCAAGAUAUUGUAUACGAGUUUGAAUCCCAAGGGAUUCCAGCCUACGGGCCAAUCUUCGAUUCAUGA